AUGCAAAGACGAAGAAAUAAAGUUAAAGAUAAGCCGCCCCCGGACCCACGCCGAGAGUACUUGGACGCCGAGUCCAGCGAUGAAGCGGAAAGGCGCGGUGAAGACGAAGGGGAUGAAGAAGACGAAUUGCGUCCGAUAUAUGGGAUGGACGAAAUAAACAAAUUGAUUCAGUGUAUUAAGGACAUGACAACGCUGAGCGGUCUGACGGAUGGCGAUUGGACGUGGAAAUGCGAUAGGGACAUCCGCGAGUUCUUCCACGACCCAAGCAUUCCGGUCCUCUGCGUCUAUCACGUGAACGGUGACCUGACCACAGAAUUUUCAUUUCCUACGGUACCCGUGCACGAGCUAACCUACUUCGUGAGACAGCCCAACGAGAUUCUCUACCCGGAGAACUUUCGCGAGCGCAUUCUCUUCGGGUCGUUGAACGACAAGGUGGAGGACCAUACACUGAACGUCAUCCAGAACGUGUUCGCGCCGAUCUUCUUCACAAUCGAAACUUGGCCGGACAGUAUCCUUCUCUGUGCUACCUCUCCAUAUCUGUUAUUGCAUUUCCGUCAAACUACCCAAUUAAUUCGCGCAACUAAUGCGAAAAGUUUCGCGAGUAGCACCGAGGCUGAGCGACGUGAAUUUGCAGAACCGAAGGAUGUAUAA